AUGGCGCCCGUGGGUGUCCUCGAAGCCCUCGGCCACGCCCUCGCAGGCGCCACUGGAACUGCACUUUCAACAGCCGCAGUAUAUCCCCUCGACCUCGUCACCACACGCCUCAAAUACCAGCGGCAGCUGAAAAGCAAGGAUGCAAUAUCCGAAAAGGACCAGUACAAGGGCGUGGUGCAAGCCCUCAGAGCCAUUACGGCACAGGAAGGCGGCAUAUCGGCGCUUUACACUGGUCUCGCUCAAGACGUUUUCAAGUCCAUUGCAGACUCGUUCCUCUUCUUUCUCUUCUACGAGUAUUUUCGGGGCACGCGCCGUCGCUCUCGUGGUAGAAAGUUGACAGUCCUGGACGAGCUGGCCGUGGGCGCGUUGGCAGGGGCCUGCGCGAGAGCCUGCACGACGCCCAUUGCGAACGUGGUGGCGCGAAAACAGACGUCGGCAAUGAUUGAAGGGAACGAAGAGGGCCAGGAUGCGUCGGUAUGGGAGAUCCUCUCGUCGAUUCGCGCAGAUAAUGGCGUCGCUGGCCUUUGGGCCGGCUACUCUGCGUCGUUGCUGCUGACCAUCAACCCCAGCAUCACAUUCUUCCUCAACGAAAAGCUAGGGAAAACCCUUCUACCGGACUCGGAGGAAACCUCGCACAAUACACACACUACAUUCCUCCUUGCUGCCGCGAGCAAAUCCAUUGCGACGAUCGUCAGUUACCCCCUGCAGACCGCCAAGGCCAGCCUACAGAUGCGCGGUUCUGCUUCCCCUCGGGGGAGCGCUGAUUCGCAAGAAAGACUUCCCAGCGAGGACCUCCGCAAGGAGCCUCCCAGUCCGCCUCCCAGCGACGAAAGCUGUGGUGCGCUGGCCAAGACCAAGAGGGCGCUUAGCAAUAGCGUGCUCGCCAUCGUCUGGUCCAUUGUCAGAUCCGACGGAUUAACGGCCUUAUACGCUGGGCUUCAGGGCGAAGUGCUCAAGAGCUUCUUCAGCCACGGCCUGACAAUGGUAUCCAAAGGCGUCAUUCACACAUUCGUAAUUCGCCUCGGUACCCUGUUGGCGUCCUUGUUACAGGGACAGUCGCGCAAUAUCAGACUGCAGCACCUGAGACGGGUUUUCCUCAAACUUUGA